AUGGAAGUACAAUUUACGCAACUUAUGGCGUCACUCGCCGAGACACUACGUACGGUGCAGAAUCAACAAGCGCAGAUGCAAACCAUGUUUAUGCAGCAACAGCAAACUACAAGUAAUAACACAGUAAGUGGUAUUGUUUUACAACCUUAUGAUGAACUCCACGAAUCUUUUGGAUCAUACAUACAAAGAUUGAACAAUUAUAUUAAUCUUAAAGGGGUUACAAGCCCUGUUACAAAGUUGCAAAUCUUCUUAAAUUGUAUUGGUGCUAAAUAUUACCAAGUCCUUAAAAAUAUUACUGCUCCAGAUACACUGGAAAAUAAAACAUAUGAACAACUUGUUGAGAUAUUAAAGAACCAUAUUGCGCCAGAACCAGGAGAAGUUACUCAACAACACAAAUUCUGUUUAAGGAUUCAAAAUGAAAAUGAAUCUAUCGCUAACUACGUAGCGGGACUAAAGGAAAUAGGAGGAAAAUGCAAUUUUAUCUGCAAUUCAUGUAAAUCUACAACAUUUGAUACACAUUUACGUGUACAAUUCAUACGAGGUCUUCGCAGUUCAGAAAUUAAAGAAAGGAAAGUCGACCCAGUAGUGGGAAGAGAAUGGUUAAGAAAAUUAGGAGUACGUUUGGAAAUAAAUAAAAUAGAGAUCGGGAAAAAUGAUAUAACUGAAAAACAAUACAAGAAAAAUUUAGAAAAAUUAAUAGAUCAAUAUAGAGAGAUAUUUUCAGAAGAAAUUGGAGAAAUAAGGAACUACACAGUGAAAUUCAGUUUAAAAGAAAAUGUUACACCAAUUUUCAUCAAGGCAAGACCAGUACCGUUUGCACUAAAAGAAAAAGUUGAAAACGAAAUUGAUCGAUUAGAGAAGGCUGGGAUAUUAGAGAAAGUUACAUAUUCACAAUGGGGAACGCCUGUAGUACCAGUCGUGAAGCAGAAUGGCAGUGUACGGUUAUGUGCUGAUUACAGAGCCACAUUAAAUAAAAAUUUACUUGAUGAUAAGUACCCAAUCCCAAGAGUGGAAGAAGUUUUCUCCAAACUAAGUGGUGGUAGAUAUUUCUGUACCUUGGAUAUAAAUCAGGCAUAUUUACACAUGAAAACUGACCCAACCACAGCUGAAAUGCAAGCCAUCAGUACAUGCAAAGGUACAUUUAAAGUCAAUAGACUAAUGUUUGGUGUCAAAGUCGCUCCAAAUCAAUGGCAAAGAUACAUGGAUCAGACCCUCCAGGGACUACCAGGUACAGCCUGUUUCUUCGAUGAUAUAGCUAUUCAAGGACAGACAUACAUAGAAUUAUUAAAAAGAAUACAAACUAUCUUUCAAAAGUUAAAAGAGUGUGGACUACAUUUAAAUAAAAAUAAAUGCCAAUUCUUGAAGAAAUCUAUUACAUACUUGGGACAUAAAAUAAAUGAGAACGGCUUGCAUCCUACUGAAGAAAAAGUAAAUGAUAUUAAGAAUAGUCCACGUCCCACUGAUGUAUCUACAUUAAGAACAUUUCUGGGAAUGGUUAAUUAUUACCAACAAUUCAUUCCUAAUCUAGCUUCAAAACUAAAUCCUCUAUAUACACUUCAGAAAAAUAUAAAAUUUAUAUGGUCAAAAGAAUGUGAAACUUCAUUUCAAGAAUUAAAGAAGGAAAUAUGUAGCGAAAAGGUACUUACACCCUUUCAUACACACUUACCAAUUACAUUAGCUACUGAUGCAUCACCUGUUGGAUUUGGUGCAGUGUUGUCACACAUUAUGCCAGAUAAUAAGGAGAGACCGAUAGCAUUUGCAUCGAGAUCACUUACCAGUGCAGAAAAAGGCUACAGCCAGCUGGAUAAAGAGGCAGCAGCAUUGAUAUGGGCAAGAAUACUUCAUCCGGAAAAGCCUAUGCCUACAACUACCGCUGUAAGACUAUUACACUAUGCAAAUUUUCUUGCUGGAUUUGACUACAAUAUAAAAGUACGGAAGUCUACGGAACAUGCAAAUGCAGAUUAUUUCUCAAGGUUAGAACACCCUACAGUAAACUGUAACCAACUAACAGAUGAUGAUGUAUUCUACUUGAAUCAACUUACAGUACUACCAGUUACAUUCCAGAAAAUUAAAGAAGCUACAGCUAAAGAUUUAGAAUUACAGAAAUUAUAUCAGGAUAUUCAAUCAGAUACAAAUUAUACAAAAGGACUACAUGAAUUUUCUAUACAAAGUAACUGCAUUUUCUAUGGAAUAAGAAUAGUCAUUCCAAAACAAUUACAACCUGCAAUUCUACAAGAAUUACAUACAGCUCAUACUGGUAUUGUAAAAAUGAAGGCACUAGCAAGAAGCUAUGUCUGGAGGAAAAAUAUAGAUGCAGAUAUAGAAAGAAUGGUAAAUGAAUGUAAACCAUGUUGUUUAUUACAGAAAAAUCCUACAAAAAUACCUAUACACAGUUGGGAAUACCCAAAAGAACCAUGGAGUAGAAUUCACAUUGAUUAUGCAGGACCAUUUUUUGAUCAAUAUUUUCUGAUUGUUGUGGACGCAUACACCAAAUGGCUAGAAGUAAUACCUACUACAUCCAUAACAACUACAGCUACUAUUAAAAUAUUAAAAAACUUAUUUACUACAUUUGGACUACCUAUAACUAUAGUAUCAGAUAAUGGAAGACAAUUCCGUUCAGAAGAAAUGAUGACAUUUCUGAAAGAAAAUGGAAUUCAGUCCAAGUUUACAGCACCGUUUCAUCCAUCUACAAAUGGACAGGCUGAAAGAUAUGUACAAACUUUUAAAAAUAAAAUUAAAAGCAUGAUCCAUGAGAAAGGCACAUUAAUGGAAAAGUUAUCAAGAUUUUUGAUGAUGUACAGAAAAACUCCUAAUAAUACUACAGGAUUAAGUCCAGCGGAAAUGAUGUUUAAAAGGUUCUAUUACAGAGAAUGUGACACAGCCACAGCUCGCACCAGUAGCUACGCCGGCAUCUCCGAGUGGUGUCGAGCAACCAGUUGUGCUUCGCCGAAGUACGAGAAUCAGAAAACCUACAAACAGAUUGAACCUUUAAGUUACAACGUGGGGGAGUGUUACAAACAAGAGUCGAUGCAGUGGCAUAAGAAAAGCACAACUUCUCCGAAGAAAUUUAAAGCGUCACAAUCGCCCAGAAAGAUCAUGACGACUGAUGAAGAAGCUGUCAAGGAAAAAGGAAGAGGAAAGCUGUCAAAAGAUACGGGUUUAAAAAUUUAG